CGCUAUCGCUAUCGUCACGCGAUUGAUACGCGAAGCUCGCUUGUUCGGCCUUUACAGCUUCCCUUCUGUUUCCUGAAUCCUGUCAACAGAAUUUUAGCCUUUGAUUGUUGCUGAGUAGACCUGUCAGCCAGUGACUCGAUUUCAUGCCGAAGCCUUCUAGACAUUAUGCAUAACUCGGAGUGAGCCAAAUGCGGAAGUCUGCGAAAUCUAGAUCUUAUACCGCCUUUACAACUGCCUUCCAGAAUAGCCUUUAAACUUCAGUGUAGAUAAAGAGCUUGCCUGAUUGUCAAUUUUUGCCGAUGAAAUAUGCCCAGCAGACACUGGGGAGCUUGUGAUCGAUUGAAAAUGGGACGAUGGAGAUUCAUUUAAUGAUCUCAACCUCCGUGUAGUUCUCAAUGGCUUCAGGUUUUAAAGCAUAAAAAUCAAAUUCUCCAUCGCAUUGUAUACCUCUUUCUUAGAACAACUGCCAAUAUGAGUAGCCAAAAGGGACAGAAUGGCCAGGCCGACAACCAGUAUCUGGCCAUGGUAGGCGAUGUCCAGGCCGAGCUGACGCGCUUACAAGUCCAGCAUCAUUGGAUCCAGAUGUGCCUCAAGGAUAAGAUCGUUUUCGCGCCGGUUGAUACCAAGAAGGACGGCAUCAAGAUCCUCGACAUGGGUUGCGCUGACGGAACACUGCUACGGGACCUGCAGAAGCAGGUUCCACCAUCCGCGCACAUGGUCGGCGCCGAUGUUUCAACCAUUUUCCUGCCCACGUCAGCUCAGGGCAACAUCCACUACGUAACCCACGACGUUUGCGAUCCACCGGCCGGGGAUCUUAAGGGCCAGUUCGAUCUGACCCACGUUCGCAACGUUCUCCACAGCGCCCACCGGUCCGGCGUUGAGCAGGCGGUGGCGAACCUGGCCAAUACGUUGGUUCCGGGAGGCUGGCUGCAGGUUAUGGAGCUGGACAUUACUCCAAGCCAGCCAAACCAGCCCCAAUCUCUCAAAGAUCUCAUUCACAUCAUUGGGUCCAUGUUUGAAAAGCAAGGGAUGGAUCGCAACUACGCGUCCAAGAUUCCAGAGGCUAUGAAGAUGGCCGGCCUACAGAACGUCAGGGUUGAGCGAGUUGAGUGUGGGAUUGGUAAAGUUCAUGGGGAUGAGGCAGCUAUCAAGUCUUCUAUCGAGCCUUUCAUGCACACGAUCCCCCUUGUCACCAAGAACACCCAAAUGUUGGUCCCAGACAUGGAUCCGGCAAUUUAUACAAAUUUGGAGGAGAGAUACACAAAGGAGAUGACUGAGCAGGGCGGCAUUUUCCCAGCAAACGUCUUCUUUGCUCAAAAGCCCGUCGCGUGA